CGCACUGUUCUGGAUUGCGGAGAUAAAGGUUCCGUCGCUGUAGGCUGGUCUGUUUUUAACCUCGGUGACGGAAUUGAGAGCUGUGCGGAUUGCAGGCGGAGAAGUUUGGAGGCGGGUUCCUCCCUCGUCAAGCGCGGGGGUUGGGGGCUGGGGGGUGGGGAGGAGGGAAGCAGUGCCAGCGGGCCGGGACCGAGCCCCGAGCCCCGAGCCCCGAGCCCCGAGCCCCGAAGGCAGAGAGGGCUGAGGAGAUGGAGGGCGACGGGGUACGGUGGGGUAGCGAGCCACCCUCGGGUCCUGGCCCGGGAGGCGGCGGAAUGAUCCGGGACCUGUGUCGGAGCUUUGGGCGCUACCGCCGCUACCUGGGACGGCUGCGGCAGAACCUCAGCGACACCCAGAAGUUCUUCCAAGACAUCAAGGGCUCCCACAGCCUCAGCUGUCCAUCCUCCCCCACAGGCGGCGGCGGCGGGGCCCAGCACGCCCCUGUCGGCGAUGUCGCCGAGACUGGGCUGCAUGCGGGCCAGCUGAGCUGCAUUUCCUUCCCACCUAAGGAAGAGAAGUAUCUCCAGCAGAUUGUGGACUGCCUACCCUGCAUCUUGAUCCUCGGCCAGGAUUGUAAUGCCAAGUGCCAGCUAUUGAACCUGCUAUUGGGGGCGCAGGUGCUUCCUACUACCAAGCUGGGCAGUGAGGAGAGCUGUAAGCUUCGGCGCCUCCGCUUCACCUAUGGGACUCAGACUCGGGUCAGCCUGGCGCUCCCUGGCCAGUAUGAAUUAGUCCACACCCUGGUUGCUCACCAGGGCACCUGGGAGACCAUCCCUGAGGAGGACUUGGAGGUCCAAGAGGACAGUGAGGAUGCUGCCCAUGUUUUAGCCGAACUGGAGGUGACGAUGCACCAUGCUCUCCUACAGGAUGUGGACAUUGUGCUAGCACCGUGCCAAAGCCUCCGGCCCACAGUGGAUGUUCUGGGUGACUUGGUGAAUGAUUUCUUCCCUGUGAUAACCUAUGCACUUCACAAAGAUGAACUAUCCGAGAGGGAAGAGCAAGAGCUCCAGGAAAUCCGAAAGUAUUUCUUUUUUCCCAUAUUCUUUUUCAAAGUACUGAAGUUGGGCUCAGAGAUAAUUGACUCUUCCACCAAAAGAAUGGAGAAUGAGAGAUCACCACUUCAUCGUCAGCUAAUUGACCUGGGCUAUCUGAGCAUCAGUCACUGCAACUGCGGGGCCUCUGGCCAGGACACUAAAGCUCAGAGCAUGUUGGUGGAACAAAGUGAGAAGCUGAGACUCUUGAGCACAUUUUCUCACCAGGUUCUACAGGCUCGCUUGGUGGAUGGAGCCAAGGCCCUGAACCUGGUGCACUGCUGCUGCCUUGACAUCUUUAUUAACCAGGCCUUUGACAUGCAGCGGGACCUGCAGAUUACUCCCAAACGUCUAGAAUAUACGCGAAAAAUGGAGAAUGAGUUAUAUGAAUCAUUGAUGAAUAUUGCCAACCGAAAGCAGGAGGAAAUGAAGGACAUGAUUGUUGAGACACUCAACACCAUGAAGGAGGAACUUCUGGAUGAUGCUGCCAACAUGGAGUUUAAAGAUGUCAUUGUCCCUGAGAAUGGGGAACCAGUAGGCACCAGAGAGAUCAAAUGCUGCAUUCGACAGAUCCAGGAACUCAUCAUCUCCCGGCUGAAUCAGGCGGUGGCUAACAAGCUGAUCAGCUCAGUGGAUUACCUACGUGAGAGUUUUGUCGGAACGCUGGAACGGUGUUUGCAGAGCCUGGAGAAGUCUCAGGAUGUCUCAGUUCACAUCACCAGUAAUAAUCUCAAACAGAUUUUAAAUGCUGCCUAUCAUGUCGAAGUCACAUUUCACUCAGGGUCCUCGGUUACAAGGAUGCUGUGGGAACAAAUCAAACAGAUCAUCCAGCGCAUCACGUGGGUGAGCCCACCGGCCAUCACACUAGAAUGGAAGAGGAAGGUGGCCCAGGAAGCCAUUGAGAGCCUCAGUGCCUCCAAGUUGGCCAAAAGCAUUUGCAGCCAGUUCCGGACCCGGCUCAAUAGUUCUCAUGAGGCUUUUGCAGCCUCCCUGAGGCAGCUGGAAGCUGGCCACUCAGGCCGGUUGGAGAAAACUGAGGACCUGUGGCUGAAGGUUCGGAAAGAUCAUGCCCCCCGCCUGGCCAGGCUUUCUCUGGAGAGCCGUUCUUUACAGGAUGUCUUGCUACAUGGUAAACCUAAACUGGGACAGGAGCUGGGCCGGGGCCAGUACGGUGUGGUGUACCUGUGUGACAACUGGGGGGGACACUUUCCUUGUGCCCUCAAGUCAGUAGUUCCUCCAGAUGAGAAGCACUGGAAUGACCUGGCCUUGGAAUUCCACUACAUGAGGUCUCUGCCGAAGCAUGAGCGGUUGGUGGACCUCCACGGUUCUGUCAUCGACUACAGCUACGGUGGUGGCUCCAGCAUUGCCGUGCUGCUCAUUAUGGAGCGGCUCCACCGGGACCUCUACACUGGGCUGAAGGCUGGGCUGACCCUGGAGACACGUCUGCAGAUGGCACUCGACGUGGUGGAAGGGAUCCGCUUCCUGCACAGCCAGGGACUUGUCCACCGUGAUAUCAAACUGAAAAACGUGCUGCUGGACAAGCAGAACCGAGCCAAGAUCACUGACUUAGGAUUCUGCAAGCCAGAGGCCAUGAUGUCAGGCAGCAUUGUGGGGACGCCAAUCCAUAUGGCCCCCGAACUUUUCACAGGGAAGUAUGACAAUUCCGUAGAUGUCUACGCUUUUGGCAUUCUUUUCUGGUACAUCUGCUCAGGCUCUGUCAAGCUCCCUGAGGCAUUCGAGAGGUGUGCCAGCAAAGAUCACCUCUGGAACAAUGUACGGAGAGGGGCCCGCCCAGAACGUCUUCCUGUGUUUGAUGAGGAGUGCUGGCAGCUGAUGGAAGCCUGUUGGGAUGGCGACCCCUCCCAGAGACCUCUCUUGGGUAUCGUCCAGCCCAUGCUUCAGGGCAUUAUGGACAGGCUAUGCAAGUCAAGUUCUGAGCAGCCAAACAGAGGACUAGAUGAUUCUACUUGAAAGCAAAGACCUUUCUCUUUCACUCUCUAUUUCUUUCCUUCCCCUCACCUUUUGGCCAUGGGAAGAAUUUGACAGUUGUUCAUCACAGAGCGCUCCGGGGCAAUUGGUGCUUGCCGGGCAGCUUGAGGCCCCCCAGGCAGAGAUAACUCCCGGAUAGUGCUGUCGGGCAGCUGGGCAUGUUCAGCAGUUCACUGACACCCCAAGCUGUUUCUUCAGCAAAAGAUUGUCUUGGACAUGGGCACAAGGCUGGAGAAGGCCAUGUUCAGGCCUCAGAACUGAAAAGGAGGUAAAUGUUACCAUUGUCUGUUCACUGUAUGUUUCUAAGACAAGGGGAACACUGCAGUUGCAAUAGUCUUAAAAACUAAUUUUCAUAGUUUCGACUCUAGCUCAGAAUAGUUUGGAUCUAUCCAGUUGUCAGAACCCUUAGAAAAUUUAAGCUUAGUUCUGGAAUUGUGAAAACAUAGGAGCAAAAAAAUAACUUGUGGAUUACUCUUUCCUGCUAUCUGCACCCAGAGAUCUCAGGUUGCAACAGCCAGAGGCCCCAGUGAUAAAGCUAGAAACACAGCUACCUGUACCUUACAGUGCCAGUGUGUUUACAUUUAUAGGAGCACAUAGCCCUGGCUUCUGGGGAAGGGUUUCACAGUUCAUCACCAAGAGGCCACAGAAAGAAAAAAACGUGUGUGUGUAUGUGUGUGCUGUUGGAUUUUGAGUUACUGCUACUCCUAGAACAGAAUUUCUUCUGCCCCUGCAUCUUCACUUUUUUUUUUCUCUCUUUGGUCUCACAGUGGGGAAGCUCCAGUUAACAUGGCCCUUAGGGGUGAGUGAGUACAAUUGACCCAGUGUGAGGUAUCUGGUUAGACUGAGAAUUGGACAGUGGUCUGGGGCCACGGGCCUCAACAAACCCACUACAAGGGUGCCAGUGGUUUUAUAAAACUUAAAAAAAAAUCACUGUUUUUUAGUGUUUGAAUCUAACACACUGAUGUUUUUAAACUUGAUCAGUGAGCUUUCUAACCGAGGUUUCUUCUGUCACCUGUCCCUUCUUUUUACCUUAUUUUAAAUGCAGCGUAGAUGAAAAGAGCCAGAUGGAAGAGAAGAGCACUCUGUAGCUCUGUGUGUGCCCUGCGUCCCUGUGUGUUAGUGUCUGGAGGGUCCUGUCCCUUGCACUGGGAAGGCAGGUGGUGGUCUUCUGGAGAUUUGUCAUGAAGUGUACGUAAGAAGAGAAAUUCUUAUGCCAGUCCAAGGAAGGGGAACGAUUUAAACACUGGUGCAUCUUUGACCUUGACUUUAAGCCUCCCUCAACCAAAACAGUCCAUUAGAUUUAGAAAAUCACACAGGUGAAGCCAUGGACAGUGGGGGUGAGUAGCCUCCUCCAUCUGCCCAACGCCCGAGCACCGUGGCCUGUGCCCUGUGCCUAGUCCCAAACAGUGAGUGGAACAAGUCCCAGAGUAGACACAUAUGACAAUGGUCAGAUUUGCUGCUGGAAUUUUCUAGGGUUGUUAGUGAUAGAAUAACCAUCUCUUAAACAUUAACAGGGUGUAAAUGGAGUCUACAAAAAAUUUUCCAUAUACCUUUCAAAGUUCAGUUUUUAACCUGACUGCCCUGGGCUCUGAUCCUGAUAUUUGUGAGUGUAGUAGCCCCCGAGAACAUGCAGCCCUUCCGAAAUUCCAUGUACUGCUGAAAAACUUCUUACUUGCAGUGGUUAAGUUUACUGACCCGGUGUUUUUGGGUUCUGUAAGCUCCAGCCUUGUUUUGGUGGAAUGUUCAGUAUAUCUCUUGGAAUUUUUAACACUUACACUUAGCUUUACUUCAAGUCACUCUAUUCUUGUCAGCAUGAACUUGUUGCCCUUCUGGGAACUAUCAUGGGCCUUCCAGGAAGCCACGUUUCAAGUUAACGAAGUAGAGGCGAGUAGUCUCUACCUGAUGAAAAAUCAGUGCAAGUCUUGUUCUAUAUGAAAUUUCAAGAACACUUUUAUAUAGUUCCCUUGUCCAGACUGUCAGUGUAACUCCGACUGUAAUCAGGAGUUGGUGCUCCCCUUUUGGAGGCCACAUCCCUAACAUCCUUCAGAAGUGUCACAUUCCCAUUCACACACGGGAGGCUAGGUUUUUCUCCACCCAGAGUCCCGUUUUGGUUUAUCCCCUGUGGCUUAGUCUGCUCUCAGACAUCAGUUUUCUAGCAGAUUCCCACAUUUUUUGCCUGAGUGAGAAGGGAGAGGCUGAUGAUGAGUAGUUCUGCUACAAUUCACUUAAAAAAAAAAGUCUUCGGCCAGCCAAAGCCCACGGGCAAGCACGGGACGCGUUACUGAAGCACUCGGCCGGCUGCGCUCGGCGGGCUGCGUGCAGGAUACAUACCACGUGUGUACGUCGCUUUUGUUUUACAUACCGUCAGCAAAUUUGGGGCUCUUUGUUCCUUUGGCACCCAUUAUUAUUCAAGUGAUGUAAUGCCAUGAAAUGUACUGUAUUGUAUAUUACUUGGGAAGAUACUAGGUUAUUAAAGAAGUUUGGUGGCACUUGGACUAUCAAGGGCUCAGCAAGACCAAAGCCUAAAGAUUUUACCACCUUGCUUUGGUGGUGUGUGCUCCCAGUGUUGAGGUGAGAUCAUGGCUUGGCAAGGAAGAAGGAUGGAUGAGAGGAUUACAGUGGGCUCUACCCUUCUAGUCAGUUAAAUAAGGGCAGUUUACUUCUGCCCCAAAAUGAUCGCCUGGACAUUUGUAAUGCACUUGAAGUCUGAUCACUUAUGUUGCUUCAGAACUGAGUAGGGGGCCUCCCUGCAGUACAGUUGGAAGGUGGUGGAGUCUGGAGCCAGGAGUGGCUGACCCUGUGCCUAGGGUGCCAGCAGCACGGUCAGUCGUGGGUGGGGGAAUGCUCGUUUGGGUGAGGUUUCCACAGGCACACCCUGGUUCCUGGACCCCCUUGUGGAGAAAGGCUCAUUGGUUGAGCAGGCCUGUCACUUCUCUGGAAAGGAAGGCUGUGCCGGUUCUUCCCAGACCAAAGAGAGUCACUUGUGACUCCAUCACUUUCAGGGGGACAGAGCCUAGGCGGCAGCUUCUCCUAAUUUUUAACACUAAAAGUCAAGGAACCAGUGAAGGAAAGGAUACAUUACUACCACAUAUAGAAAUAGGGGAAUAGUAGAACUCUCGACUAGUACCUGUCAGCUCUCCAAUACAUUUUGAUUUUAUUUUUUUGCAUCAUUGCGUGAGCUGCCAAAGGUAUUGGAAAAGUUUUUUUGUCAUUACGGGAGAAGCUGUUUGGGCUGCAACAUGGUAACUGCACUGAACGACACUUUACCUUUGUUUUUAUUCAGCACUGACAAGCCCAGGGGGGUUGGUGGUUACAGGCGCACUCGGGGGAAGAGAGACUCCCUCUGGCCUUGCCCGGUGUUCCAUCCGCCCAAUCAGGGAACCUCCAGACUCCACGGCGCAUCGAGCCGGCUAAACAGCCCUCCAGAAGUUUAUUGCCAAAAGAAGAGUUGUUUUCUUUCGGAUUUCAAAGCUUGAUUUUGGGAUUUGCUGGAUCAAAUAACCCAUUUUCUCUUUAAAAGAAAAAGAAAGAGGGUUUAUCUUCCUAAAUGUGGAGGUGGGGGGUAGUUAGGGCUAGUGUGGAUGUUAAUAGGUAAGGAGGGAGUGACCUUGAGAAACUUGUAUUGUAAACUCCCUUGGGGGUUUCAGAUACAGCACUACUGUUCUUAACCUGGGUUUCGUUUUUCACUUCACCUGCUCUGUUAACAUCCAGUCCAACCGGGAGGAUCGCAGAGACUGUGAACACCUGGCACCGGGUAGGCCUUCCCCAGAGGGUUGAAAGGAAAAAUGGUCUGGACAGCUUGUUGUCUCUUGUCUUUAUGUAAUACUUUUGUUUGUUUUAAAUCACUAAUGUUUAUUACAGUGUUGAAUAAAAAUGUUAUAUACUAAGGGUGUAGAAUAAAAGUGCAAUAACUAGAGAAAUUACUUUGGCAAAAACUUUAGUCCUUACACUCUCCUUUCUUGUGCUACCGUCUCUUUCCAUGUUGUUACAUUUCCACAUUGUUACAGCAGGACCCUGUUAACUGUGUGUAUUUUUAAGAGACGCAAUUAAGGGACAAGUCUUCACUUAGUGUAAUUUUGAAGGGUUGGGUCUGGUUUUAUAGAGUAUUCUGUAUAGUUGUGGCAUGCACAAAUACCAGAUGUACUGUAUAAUAAAGAUCACAUUAACAUUUUAGA